GUGUUUCGUUGUUUUUGUUGUUCAUCGCACAAUCUCAUCUUCACAGAUUCGUCAUCUUCUCGAUCCCUAACUAACUGCAAUCAUGAGUGACGUCCGAGAAAAGACGUGCCCCCUUUGUGCGGAGGAGAUGGAUUUGACUGAUCAGCAACUGAAACCUUGCAAAUGUGGUUACGAGAUAUGUGUUUGGUGUUGGCAUCACAUAAUGGAAAUGGCUGAGAAGGAUGAAGCCGAGGGAAGGUGCCCAGCUUGUCGUGCUGCUUAUGAUAAAGAAAAAAUUUUACGGACGGCUUCUAACCGUGAGAGGUCAAGCUUCCACUCUUUAAAAAUAUUGCAAUGUUUACUUGCCUUUGUCUCAUAUAUAUUACACCCCCUCCUUCGCAGGCUGGUUGCUGAAAUUAAUUUUGAUAGAAAAAUAAAGUCACAAAAGGCAAAGAUUAAAUCAUCUGAAGGAAGGAAGCAACUGAGCAGUGUGCGAGUUAUUCAAAGAAAUCUUGUUUACAUAGUUGGGUUGCCACUUAAUCUGGCAGAUGAAGAUCUUCUCCAAGGUCGAGCAUAUUUUGGUCAAUAUGGGAAAGUUCUAAAAGCAUCUUUGUCUAGGACAGCAGCUGGUGCCAUUCAGCAAUUUCCAAAUAAUACAUGUAGUGUAUAUAUUACUUACUCAAAAGAAGAGGAAGCAAUUCGUUGUAUCCAAUCUGUACAUGUAUUUGUCUUGGAUGGUAGACCAUUAAAGGCAUGCUUUGGUACAACAAAGUACUGCCAUGCAUGGCUGAGAAAUAUGCCUUGCAGCAAUCCUGAUUGUCUAUAUUUGCACGAGAUUGGUUCUCAAGAGGAUAGUUUCACCAAAGAUGAGAUCAUAUCUGCAUACUCAAGGGUUCAACAAAUAACUGGUACAACAAACAAUACGCAACAGCGUGCUGGGACUAUGUUACCUCCCCCAGUGGAUGAUUAUUGCCCCAACAAUUCUUCUACAGCAAAAUCCAUUUCUAAAAGUGCUCUAAAUAAUAAAAUAUCAAGCUGUCAAAAAGAUUUUCCUUCAAAUGGAAGCCCUGGUAGAUCUAUUGCACUUCCUGCUGGAGCAUCAUGGGGAACUCGUGCUUUAAACCAGCUACAAUCAGCCAUUUUAUCAUGCUCAAAUGGACCUUCUAAGCAGAAAUAUGAUACAAUUAGCCGCACACCACCAUUUUUAUCUGCAGUAAUGAGCAUAAAUCGGUCUAGUGCAGUACAUGAUGACGUUGUAAAGAAACCUUCUGAGGAGAUCCAUGCUAUGCAUAUGAAGGGUAAACCUGAUUUGUUAAAGCCCUUGAGACAUAAUGGUGCUUUAGAUGGUCAAACUACUGCACUAGAGAAGCCUAUUUCACCUGAAGGGGUUCCUGCCUCUAAAUCAUUUAACAGGCAAGUAUCUUCUCCACCGACAUCCAAUUAUAAUGACCAGGGCACUAAUAUACCAUCAACUGUUACAAGCUCCAUCUUUGCCCACUCUGAGAAGUCUUCUAUUACAUCCAAUGAGAAAGUAGGGAGUAUUUCGUCUACUGAUGAGAAGAUACAGAGCUUAUGCUCUAAUGUUUCAUCAUUGACCUUAGAUAAGACUGCUUCAAGUGGACAUUCCAAUGUAGUUAGACCUAGCAGUUCAGCUUCCGUCCAUGGAUCAAGCAGCUCUUCCAGUAGUCAGGGGUUACAACAGUGUUAUACUGAGAACUAUCAGGAACCUUUAAAUUCAGCAGCCGCUGGGAGAUCUGUUACAUUCCCCAAUAGUGUGUCUGUUUCAAAAGGGCAUUAUGAUUGGGGAAGUGAUUCUCAAACUCGAGCAGUGGUGAAUACAAGUUCUGAAGUUGAAGAGGACAUAUUAUCUUUUGAUAAUCAAAGACUCAAAGAUCCAGAAGUUAUUAACCGGCCAAAUUAUAUGCCUAAUUCACCAAUUUCACUUCAUUUAUCAAAUCAUUCUAGGUCCGAUUCUUUUCAAUAUGAUGAUUCUUUUGACGCUGUUAAUUUGAAUGCUGAUACAGCCUUCGUAGAUAACAAAGUUAGUGACGGUUUACUGUUCCAUGGAUCCGGUGUUUCGUUUUUAUCUAAUGGGUACCCUGGGAAGUACAUGAGUAAUAGUAUUGGUUCUGGUAUUACCACAGAAGGCUAUGUUCCGCCUUCAAAUCAAUGGAAAAUGAAACAAAUGGGAAGAUUCCUUGGUAAUGCUGAGGACAUAGUUGCCAAAGACGAAACAGGAGAGAACAACAUAAUUUCAAACAUAUUGUCGCUAGAUUUUGAUACAUGGGAUGAGUCCCUAAGAUCGCCACAGAACUUGGCUAAAUUGAUGGGUGACACUGCCAAGCAGCAGUCUAGUUCUCUCAAAUUUUCUAGUCCAGGGAAGGCUCCGAAUAACAAUCAAUCCAGAUUCUCAUUUGCAAGACAGGAGGAUUCUGAAUAUCAUCCUUUUGAUAUUGAGUCCUUGUGUAGUGUUUUUGGCCAAAUGCCACAGAACCAGCUUUUAAGCCAAGAUUUUGCUGAAAGCAGGGAUCUCUAUCUGAGUAAGUUUGGAAGUUCUAAUGGGUUACCUCCAGGUAACAUUGAUGAAUACAACAAAUUUUCAGGCAACCCUUCAAUGUUCUCUUCUAAUAAGCUUUCUGUUUCAAGAGCUCAAGUGUCAGCACCACCUGGAUUCUCUGUUCCCAGCAGGGAACCCCCUCCCGGCUUUUCCUCUAAUGGGAGAGUAGACCACAGUUUUGACACAUCAGGAUACUUGGACACUUCGUCCCUGUUAAGAAACUCUUAUCAGGCUCCAGCAAGUAGUGGUAUUGAUGGUGUUGGAGAUAUAGAAUUUAUGGAUCCAGCAAUAUUGGCAGUUGGUAAGGGUAGACUUCAGGGAGGGCUCAACAAUUCAGGCUUAGAUAUGCAAUCAAAUUUUCCUCCACAGUUGGGUCUCUACGAAAAUGAGGCCAGAGUUCAACUAUUGAGGCAGAGAUCUCUUUCUCCUCAUCAGAACCUAAGAUAUGAUGUUGGGGAUAGCUUUUCUUCUCUUAAUGACUCCUAUGGAGUUUCUUCUAGGGUAAUGGAUCAAUCACAAGUGAACAACAUAUCCCAAUAUGCACAGUUGUCACUUCAACAGUCGAGGAAUUCACAUAUGUCAAACGGUCCUUGGGAUGGUUGGAAUGAAGUCCAGGGUGGAAACAAUGUUGGCAUGGCUGAGUUGCUCAGAAACGAGAGAUAGGGAUUUAACUAGUUCUAUUAUGGUUAUGAAGAUUCAAAGUACAAGAUGGGUGAUCUAUGUGACAGAACAUUCUGGAUGUGAUUGUUUUUGAAAUCAACUCUUUGCUUGACAAUGCUAAAAUGAGAGAAUGAGUUUGUGGUGUCUUGGCCUCAUGUUGGUGAUGGCCUGUUAACUUGGCCUCCUUUGGCAGCCUCAUGAAGUAUCAAACUCCAAACAACUCAGGCCAAAAUGACGGUGCCUGCAAACAAGCUGAUUGAGGUUUCGGCAGAUAAAAAAUGCACAUGUGAAAUGAGCUCUUCUGCCAUGGGUAUUUCUGUUAUAAUUUUGUCGCACCGCAUGAGUGCUAGCCGUAUACAAACUGGCAGGAUGGUCCUCUCCUCAGCCAAUGCCACCCCUGAAGUAAAAUAUAUGGUGAUGGAACUAAAUAGAUUUCAACUGCAAUCCGAAUUUACUUUUGUGUUCAGAUAUCAACGACACUAAUGGUGUAAACUGUAAAAAGAGUUAUAUUUUGUUUGAGAUAUGGAGGAUUUACAGUGGUCUGUUAGCUGAGCCCCCAUGAAUACAUGAGUCAGAUUCA